AUGGCCAACUGUAAUGUUAGUCAAUUUAAAUCUGACUUGCGCGAGAUCCCUUGGGAAACCCUAAUUAAUGAAAAUGACGUUCAAGCUAGCUGGGACUUAUUCAAACAAACCUUGACGACUAUAAUAAAUCGACAUGCCCCUUUGAUAGAAAAGAAAGUAAAAGGCCGUGAUUGCCCUUGGUUAACCCAUGAAAUAAAAGAGAAAAUGAAUGAGCAAGAUCACUUGUUGAAAAAAGCCAGAAAGAGUGGGAAAGAAUGUGACUGGUGUAAUUAUCGCAAAGCACGAAAUAGUGUCACAAAAUGUAUUCGCCAGCAUAAAGCAAAUUAUAAUCGCUCAGUCUUUCGUGAGAACGUUAAUAGACCAAAACAGUUCUGGGAUCAAAUAAAGAAAUGCUACCCAACACGAAAUAAGGGGGAAACCCCAAACAAGCUGUUUGACGUUGAAGGAAAACACAUAUCCGAUAGCUAUCGGAUCGCUAAUACUUUUUGCAACUUUUUUACUGGAAUUGGUACAUCCAUUCAACAAUGCUAUGUCACAUUAACGGAGAAACAUCGGCAAUUCCACAGCUAUCGGAAAUUGCAAGAUCUUAUCAACCCACAUCAUUGCGUUUUUAAGUUUAAGGAAGUGACUGAAAGGGAUAUACUGUCUAUUAUAAAAAUGUUGAGAUCAUCAACAGGCUCAGGAUACGAUAAUAUCCCGAUAUCCUUUAUUAAAGACGGUUCCCAAGAAUUAUCCACCCCACUUGUGUUUCUGAUAAAUUUAUGCUUACGACAUGCAGUCAAUUUUCCCAGAUGUAGAGAAAUUGGCAAAUGUUACACCAAUUUUUAAGUCGGAAGACCGAUCAUCAAUGGAUAACUAUAGACCAAUUUCCGUCUUGCCUGCUCUAGCAAAGAUUAUUGAACGUGUCGUUCACAGACAGCUAUCUAUCUACCUUGAAGAAAACUGUCUACUUUCCUCCAACCAAUUUGGAUUUCGUAAAGGUCGAUCGACUCAACAGGCAGUUACCUAUUUCUCGGACCACAUAAGGGAUUGUAUGGACAAAGGUGAAUACUAUGGCGCUGUCUUUAUCGACCUGAAGAAAGCAUUCGACCCCGUGGAUCAUGGUCGUCUACUGUCCAAAUUAUCUCACUACGGUAUUAAAGAUAAAGAACUAACAUGGUUUGAGAACUAUUUAUUUGGAAGGCGUCAACGUGUAAUCUACGAUGGCACACAAUCUGACAGCCAACCUGUCGUUUGUGGUGUGCCACAGGGUUCCAUCUUAGGACCUAUGCUGUUCAUCUUAUUGAUUAAUGACAUCGAUCACCAAUUGAAUAGCUGUAAAAUCCUACUAUAUGCUGACGACACAGUGGUCUUCACAUCCAGUAAAAAUCAAGAAACCAUUAAAGGAAAUUUAAACACGGACCUAUCAAAACUGGCCACCUGGUUUUACGAAAACAACCUAGUCGUCAACCUCAAAAAAGGAAGAACCGAAUUCAUCCUGUACAGUACACCUAACAAAUUGUCAAAAGCCGAGAAAAUGGAUAUUAUGAUUCGAAACGAACCGGUGAAUGAAGUACAAGCGUAUCAAUACAAAUAUAUUUUAGUCUUUAAACGUUAUAAUUUUGUCUUUUCGAAAUAG